CAGCGAGUCCGCGACGAAUCGGCGUUUUGGCAGUAGUGAGCGAAAAUCGUACUUUCAGUUCUUCGAGUCGUUCGGUUCUAUCCGGUAGUUUCCUUCUGCUGCUGGUGUGGUCGGUCGGUGUCCCGUACUCCGCAUAUAGUUUGUGUCAUCUCCUCCUUCAUCCGCAGCAAAUUCGGUUGCGCCGCGCCGUGUGUUCUUUCCGCACUUUGUUGGAGAAGUUCCGCUCAGCUUCUUCCGUCAUCCAUAUCGCGCGACGCCCAUGUGCAGCAGCAGAUUUUGGUGACCUUUCAUCGGUUUUCGCCAAACAGGAAAAAUAUAAAUCGGAGCCAAGUAGAGUGCUUGCUGACUGACUGCCUCUCGUUUCGUGGCAAUUUGUCAUCACGGCGACGGAGACGGAGACGACGACGACGCACGGGCGUUAAUUUAAUAUUGCGAUUAGAGUGCACGACGACAAAGUAUAUUAGGCUCUAACCAGGAAAAAGCGGAAUUCGGCCGAAAGGGUGCGUGCGUGUGAAACCUUGUGUAAUCCCAUCCUGAUAGUGUCGGUGGUCUAGUGUGCUUCCGAAGUAGAAAAAAAAUUCGGAGUCCGGCGGGGAAGGCCAAGUGAAAAGAAAUCCGAAAUUUUGGUGUGUGACUCAUUCCCAUUGCUUGAGCGGUGUUCCAGUUCCAGGUCCGGUUUUCGGCAGAAGCAAAUCCAGUCAUCCUUCAAGUGACCAGUCAGCGACAAUGUUGAUUAAAGAGUUUCGAGUGACGUUGCCCCUGACGGUAGAAGAGUAUCAAGUUGCACAGCUCUACUCGGUGGCGGAGGUGUCCAAAAAUGAAACCGGAGGCGGAGAGGGUAUAGAAGUGCUCAAAAAUGAACCCUUCACCAACUACCCACUGCUGGGAGGCAAAUACUCAUCCGGCCAGUACACCUACAAAAUCUAUCACCUGGCCUCGAAAGUUCCGGCCUUCAUCCGGCUGCUAGCGCCCAAGGGAUCGCUAGAAGUGCACGAGGAAGCCUGGAAUGCAUACCCCUACUGUCGGACAGUCAUAACCAAUCCCGGCUAUAUGAAGGAAAAUUUCAUCAUCUGUAUCGAAUCAUUGCACGUCGCCGACGGCGGCGAUCAGAACAAUGCUCACGAGCUGCCACCGGAGAAGCUGAAACAGCGCGACGUGGUACAUAUUGACAUUGCCAACGAUCCAGUGACUGCCGCUGACUACAAAGAAAGCGAAGACCCUACCAAAUUCAAAUCGGUGAAAACCGGCCGAGGACCGCUGGUCGGUCCGGACUGGAAGAAGAAGGUCCAACCGGUGAUGACCUGCUACAAGCUAGUCACCUGCGAGUUCAAGUGGUUCGGACUGCAGUCGAGAAUAGAGAACUUCAUCCAGAAAUCCGAGCGAAGACUGUUCACGAUUUUCCACCGACAAGUAUUUUGCUGGAUGGACAGCUGGCACGGGCUCACCAUGGAGGACAUCCGUGAACUGGAGGACAAGACCAAAGAGGAACUGGACAAACAGCGUCACGUUGGCGAAGUGCGUGGAAUGCGUGCCGAAACGGACUAAGCCUAGCCGCGUCUUUUGGCAUGUUUUUGAACGGGAGGAGAGUCGUUUGAAAUGUGGUCCUGGUUACUUGGCAUAAAUUGGGGAGGAGGGGAUGGGAAAGGAAAUAUACAAUUGGAUACCGGAUAUUAUAACCGACAGUUUAACACAGUUGUCUUGGAAAAUACAAAAAAUAAUGAACAUCUACCAUGUGGCUGACUCGUAAGCGGUAAACAACAGUAAUUAUACAAUGAAUGAAACAAACACAACUAUAGCAACAGAGGUACACACAUACUGGUAUAGUCACACCUUCAGCAGGUGCACCACACAUACACACAGGAUAGACAGAGAAGCAGGAAUCCACUUUAGAAACUCGGAAACACAAACACACACAAUAACAACAGAGAAUAAAACACACACGAAAAAAGCAACUAAUUAGGCAUCAAUUUAGAAAGCGUGGAUGAAGUUUAGAAGAACAGAUGCAACAGAAGUUAUAUUUAAGAUAGUCGCAAAAAAGCACGUAGCGAGUAGCGGGAUGGAUGCAAAAAAAACGUUAAAACAAACAAAACAUAUUUAAAAAGUCCUUCUGGUGAUGAAGCAAAACAACAAAAGCAAACUGAAAACACCUAUAAGUAUAGGAUAUUACCCGUCUUUAGCAAUGAAGGAUCCAGUAUAUUCCUAGUUUAUGCGAGAGAAAGCACUGUUUUUGCGUUGCGAGUUGAGAAUGAAGAACUCAGUCCAUGCUGGAUUUAGUCAAAUUUGUUUUUAAAAUACAACUAAUUUAAUACAAUCGCGCCCAUGAUGAUAACGUUCCCUCGUGUUUUUAUCCUAACAUAUUUUUCUAGUUUACAUACACAACACACACACACAUACAUGCAGACACACCCGCACCUACGCCCAUAAGUUUUGAUUAGUUAGAGUUUUGUUUUUUUAUUAUUUUACCGCGGAAAACCUUAUAUUUAACGACCAGAGACAGGCAUACGGACUGUCCGGCAGCACGGCGUGCGUGAGUAAUCGGGAGAAACUAAAUAACGUAAGUGCAGAGCGAUGGUAUACAAGCAAGUGCGUAUGUGUAUGCGUGCGAUGAGCUCUAUUGUACAGUCGUGUCCAAUCGUGUGAUGAUAAUGGCCGUUCGUUCCAUCCGGAUCCCCGGAUGCGCGUGCGCGUGCGUUUUAGGAUUCAGUUCUCUUUAUAAAAACUAAAUAGUAGGGCAAAGUUAACUAGGCAUUACACAGCAAAUUCUUUCCAUUAACAGUUUACUUACGGUUAAAUCAGCCAAAGGAGACAAGGUAGAGCAGAACGCGGCCGAAACGACGUCUCCCGCAUUAGCUCUUAUAGGCAAACAAUAGCAAGGGCAAGGGUUGAGGAAGCGGGGCGACGCUCGUUUCGUGCGUGUGUGAGUUACUGUCUGUUUCCGUUUUGUAUGAUAUGUUCUUUCCCGGACAGGAGAUUGGAAGGCAAAAGCAUGCUGUUCUAUAAAUUAGAUUUGGUUCCAAUGAACUUGGUAAAUGUUAUUGAAUUAAAAUUGGAAUUCGAGGAAAAACAA